GUGGCGACGAAUCGACACGGCACUAGCAUCGGUGCGCGCCAGCGAGCCAGCUCUAGCAUUGUUGUUUACCAUCCCGUAACAUAUUUCAUGAACCGACAGUUAUGAUGUUGCCGUUCGCGAAGCCGGUUCAUAAACUCAAGUUCAGGGCGUAAAAUCUCAUUAACGUUCCGUACUCGUUCGGUGAUUGGUGUGCUUCCGUCGUUGCUGGCUAAAUCUGGAUCCGUUUCGGAUUAGGGUCGGGAGACUUACUGGAACUAAUUUUGUGAGGUAAUCUGUUCAAGUUUCUUGUUUCUUGUAAAAAGAAAAAGAUUGGGCCUUAAACGAAAACGUGAAAUUUUCUGAAAGUGAUUCCUGAAUAAUUCCUAGAAUAAUUUUGGAGAAGGAAGGAGAGUACAGAUAAUACUUAUUUCACCGUAGUCAUCUCAUACUGCUCGGUGUCAGAGUAAAGUGACGUGUGAAUAUUUGCAUUUUGUCUUAGAAAUGAUUAAAAAAGUGUGACGGUGCAGAAAUUGAAAGAAAAUUGCGUUCAUGAGCUGUGGAUGCGUUUUAGUCAGCGAUGGGGCAAAAAUGAAAACUUAAAGUAGACGGAUCGUUCUCGGUGUCCAUCCGCUUUUGGUUUCGGUUGUGUCAACGUUGGUGGAAGGGAAAUAUCACGAAAACGAUAUAACUGCAACAUCGUGAGCUGAAUUUCGAAACUUGAGAAGUGUUAGUUUACCGGGAAAAAAUGUUAUCAGAUUUUCGAUGUAAGCAAACAGGAAACGAAGUGGUGGAAAAAUAACGAAAGCAAAUUCAAUCAAAGAGUCUUUCCGAGCUAGAUGGAUAGUGUGGUAGAAAAAAGAAAAAUAAGUGAUUACACAUUCUGUGGGGGUGAGCAUAUGGAACGAAACCUGUUAGAAGAUAGCAGCUCAUUAGAUGUCUGAGUGAUCGGAUUAUUCUCAGUUUCCAAAGUUAAUCAGGGUCUCCGCCUAGAUUAGGUCGAUUGAAUCAUUCUAUCGUGCUGUUGCCAAAGAGAACAAGAAGGAGCGGAAGCGAGACAAUUGUUGAACACGGAAGCUGCACAAUAAAGAACGCUUUGCGAAAUGUGACAACCCAAAAAAACAUCGAAGUAACACGACGAAGUGCAAAAACAGGAUGACCCAAAAAUGGAUAAAUUAUGUUACAUUUCCUCGCACCGAACCAAGCACGGAAAGAUAAACACGCACAGCCUAAAAGCUCUUGCCUGAAGGAGGAGAAAAAGGUUCAUUCGGCAAACCUUUUACCAACUGCUCCAUUCUCGCUUUUCCAUCAUCGGGGUGGAACACCUGGGUCAACACUUCGAGAAGACCGAUAUACUUCGUUUACAUCAACCGGACGCGACGACGAGCAGCCGGAAGGGUGGUCGGCGCUUACGACGGGAGCCAGUUGAUAUCAUAUUGCUACAAGCUAUCUUACCUGGCUCUUCAGAUUCAGAUGCUAGAACAACCGGUAGCUCUCCGAUGGGGUUUUAGUGGCAAGGGCACACCCCCUCUCGUUAGCCGGCCAGUCAGUAGCAUCCAGUACCACCGUUGACGACCAUCUAGAGGACAUCUGGGAAAUGUUGCCUUGUCACCUGUCAUGCUGCUACCAUUGACCACUCCUUCCAAUCGAAUGAAAUUGCUGAAAACACUCACUUAGUCAUUCAUUUACGCUUGAAUAGUUAGGUUACCGUGCGUGGAAGGAAGGAAGUUUGUUUUGGAUUUUCAGCGUGAAAUGCAUUUUUAGAUCGGAUACUUGUUGUGGGAUCGAGAAACCGUUUCGAAGUGUGAUAAUUGAGUAUUUUUUUUUUAUUACGAGUGGGAACGAAACAUAUGCAACAGCAUGGAUAGUAAUGGGUCGUACUUUCUGACUGCGGGAGGUUUGUUUGGAGAGAAUUUUUCUACGAAUGAUUUUGGGCUGGAAGCGAUGAAUGACACGGGUGGAGAAUACGAAAUGCCUCAUGCCAACUUCAGUUGCCCACCGACGGACAUGCCAACCACGUACACGGUAUUCAUGAUACUGUAUGCCGUCGUGUGUCUGGUCGGUGUCAUGGGAAAUACGCUGGUCAUCUAUGUGGUGCUCCGAUUUUCCAACAUGCAGACGGUGACCAACAUGUACAUUUUGAAUCUGGCGAUUGCGGACGAGUGCUUCCUGAUCGGUAUUCCGUUCCUGAUAGCAACGAUGCACAUGAAGCGUUGGGUUUUCGGUGGAGCCAUGUGCAAAGCCUACAUGGUCAGCACGUCGAUUACGCAAUUCACCUCUUCAAUAUUUCUGUUCAUCAUGUCUGCAGACCGAUAUAUAGCUAUUUGUCACCAUAUUUCAUCGCCCAAGUACCGGACGCCGCUGGUAUCGCGCAUAGUCUCCGCACUUGCUUGGCUAGCCUCGGCCCUAAUCAUGCUGCCAAUCAUGAUAUAUGGUGACAUCAUCGAGCUGCAGCCCAACAGCUACUCGUGUCAAAUUGUGUGGCCAGAAUCGCACGAACACAUACCCGGAUAUACGUUUACCCUGUACUCGCUCAUCCUGGGAUUUGUUGUGCCACUUUGCUUCAUAAUGACAUUUUACUGUCUCGUAAUUCGCAAACUUCGAAAUGUAGGCCCGAAAACGACCAACAAAUCACGAGGAAAACGACGUUCUCACCGAAAAGUAACGAAACUAGUACUCACCGUGAUAACCGUCUACAUACUUUGUUGGCUACCGUACUGGAUCUCGCAAGUAGCACUCAUCACUUCCCCCGAUGGAUCAUGCAGCACGCGCCUCGAUAUCAUUCUAUUUCUUCUGGUCGGUUGCUUAGGAUAUAUCAAUUCGGCCAUCAACCCCAUUCUUUACGCGUACCUUAGUGAAAAUUUCAAAAAGAGCUUUCUCAAGGCCUGUACUUGUGCCGCACGUGCUGAGGUAAACGCCCAAUUAAAAUUAGAAAAUAGCGUCAUGCCGAAGAGGUCCCGCACUCGAACCAACUCGGACACAACCCAAUUGACCACAUCAAAAGUGCAGCAUCGGCUGUUGAUUGAUCCGACCACUACGGCCACCACGACAACGACCGCUGCAUCAACCGUAUCCUCGCGGAAUCCCAGCCCACCGGUUGUUCAAAGAAGCUUAGCAAACAAUAACAAUAACAACCAUAACAGUAACACUAGUGGGAACAAUACGAAAAACUGUAACAACGAGCGAACGGCAGCAAACGCUCCCAACGGCCACAAUAGCGUAGGUGAAUUAGUGCAAUUGUCUUAAAUAUUAAAAUUAAAUUUAGUACGACUAUGAAAAUUUAUCGUUACCAGCACCAUACAACCACCCUCUUUGAGAGUAAAACCAUACCACGAUGAGAUGUGACUAAAUAGGAGGGAAAUCAAUUGUACAUUACACUACUGUCAUAAAUCAACAAGCGGCAAACAAAGUGAGAGAUAAACACUGUACAUAAAUUAGACUACGAAAAUUUCAAUUUUAUUGAAAAGCCAUUUAUAGGAUAGGAAUUCCGGGGCCUAGCCGCAAACACAUUUAUGUGCGAAAGUAAA